AUGAUUUGGGAAGGCUCAAAGAGGAAUCAACUGAUUCUUGGAACCCCAUUCCUUGCUACAGCUGGAGCGGUCCUAAACUACUUUGGGAAUCAUCUAUCUUUUGGCCACAUCCGGCAAGAUAUCUUUUUCCCAAGUGUAAAUUUCAGGUCAGUGCCAAGUGCGACCAAGCUACCACCAGAAGAAGCCACUCUCAUACCUAAGAAAGAAGCUAUGCUGCAUGGAGAAAGAAGAGAGAGAAACAACUCCAUCUUACUUCCAACCUUUGACGAGUAUGGAGCUGAAGAGGAGACUAAUGGUGCACCUAAUCUCUUUCACAAGAUAAGAAUCUUUACACCAAAAGAUUCGGAGCUUAAAGGUGACCAAUCCAUUGAAGAGAAGCUUGAGAGAACUAUGAAGCUUUUCCCCAAGGCAUUGGUUUUCAAGGAUGAAGUGAUAGAUGAUCAUGGCGCACAACACCACCACAAGAGCCACUGA